UUCAAAGCAAACAUAACCCCUCCCGCCGCUCCCCGCUGCCGUCAUCGUACUCUUCAUUUGUAUGCGAAAGGUUACGGGCGAACUGCCGCGCAGAAAUCAACUCGUCGCCGUCGUACCGUUUAGUGGUGAAUUUUUCGAUAAUUGUGUUUUCAAGUGUUCAAACUAUGCCGAAGCGGUCUAGAAAGAGGAGUCGUAGCUCUUCUCCUUCCACUGUAGGGGAAAAGUUUUUGAAAAUUGUCAAGAGAUUGGAGAAGCGAUUGGAUAAGAUGGAAGAGAAAAGACCAAGGCGAUGGCAUCAUGGCAGUUCAUCAGGAACCUCUAAUUCCGAGGACGGAUCCGAUAGCCACUCAUAUGAUAGGCGUUCCUAUUCAGGAUCGGAAGCUGACGGUGGAUCAGAUAUAGGAGAAAAAGAAGAAUUCCACAUCCGCUAUCGGAACACAUUUCCCUGAUGGCAGGUCGAUUAUCCGGGAAGCGCUUAAGCUAGGCAAAGUGCCAACCGACUCCUUGGAGAUUUGCAUGGCCUCAAUCUCAGAGUUUACCUUAAAGCAAUAUAGUUCGGGUUUAAAACUAUGGUGGGAGUAUUGCUCUACCAAGAAAGCAGAUCCCUAUUCGGUUUCAGUAGUAACCGUCUUAGAGUUUCUAACCUAUCAUUUUAAGAAAGGAGCAUCUUAUAGUUCUUUAAAUACUUAUCGGUCUGCUAUAGCUCAAGUAGCGGGGCGAGACUUGGCACAGGAUUGCAGGAUUCAGAAAUUUUUCAAAGGAGUCUAUAUGCUUAGACCAAGCUUACCGAAAUAUCAAAAUACUUGGGAUCCAGCAGUAGUUUUAAAUUUUCUAAGGGAAUGGAAAAACAAAGAUAUCACUUUGAGGAAAUUGAACCAAAAACUUGUAACCCUUUUAGCAUUGGCCACAGGUCAACGUCUUCAAACUUUAGCCCUUAUAGAAAUCACGCACAUUUAUAAAUCAGAGAUCGAAAUAAAUAUAGCGGUGCCCCAAAGAAUUAAGACCUCUGGUAAAGAUCGAUCCCAGCCAUUUUUCCACCUUCCUUUUUUAAAUUCGGAUCCGGAAGUUUGUGUGUCUAGGGUAAUCCUUACCUAUCUAGAAAAAACAGAAAAUCUAAGGGGUUCUGAAACAAGUUUAAUUCUAACCAGCAAAAUGCCUUACCGUAAAGCAUCUACGCAGACCUUAAGUCGCUGGAUUAAGAUUAUUUUAGAAAAAAGUGGCAUUGACGUACACAAAUUUUCGGCGCACAGUACCAGGCAUGCGGCGACGUCUGCUGCAAAAAGAAAAGGGCUAAAUAUGGACACAAUUCGUCUUUCCGCGGGUUGGUCUAGAGACUCUAGGAUGUUUGCUCAAGUAUAUAAUAGGCCACUAUUGUCAGAUCAAACAUUUGCAGAAGCUAUACUUACAUGUUAGUUAUUAAAUUUUUUUUCUGAAAGAUGAUGUUACUUACAGGGUUAUAAUUACAUAUAUUACUUACUUACUA